CUGCAUCUUCCCCAAAGUUCAAAGUUUUGACUGCAUCUCUGAGUCUGUGGUCAACUCUGUUGUGCCGGACACGGUCACCGACCGCCGCUGCACAAACCCAAAAGGGAAUCUACUUCUCCCAUCUCCAGUCCCAACCCAUCCACGUCCGUCGCAUGCCCAUUUUCUCCGACUUCAAGUUUCCGCCCCUCCUCACCAAAUACCCCAUCAGGAAGAAAAAAAACGCGACCCCAUUCUCAAAUUCGGUCUCAUCACCACCUAAUCUUCGAAAACCAGGGGAGGGUUAGGGCUCGAGCUCAUCGCCGUCCAUGGCCGUGUCCGCCGGAUUCGCCGGUCCCAGAUUGGGGAAUUUGAUGCCGCGGGACUCGCCCGCCUGCUCGCCGUCGAUGAGCUUCGCGCCUGCCCGGUCGCUGAAGAGGAUGGGGCGGGAACGGCGAAAUGGAGGAGGAGGAGUGAGGUGCGAGGUCACGACCGCGAAGGAGGACCCGAAGCUGAUGGAGCUGUCGAGCGUCUCGGCUCUUGAGCAGCUCAAGGCGUCUGCUCUCGACAGAUAUACAAAGGAGAGAAGCAGUAUUGUGGUUAUUGGGCUUAGCGUUCACACAACACCUGUUGAAAUGCGCGAGAAGCUCGCCAUCCCGGAAGCAGAAUGGCCCCGAGCCAUUGAGGAGCUGUGUCGCUUGAAUCAUAUAGAAGAAGCUGCUGUUCUUAGCACCUGCAACAGAACAGAGAUCUAUGCAGUGGCUUUAUCUCAGCAUCGUGGAGUCAAAGAGGUGACUGAAUGGAUGUCUAAGACGAGUGGAAUCCCUGUUUCAGUGCUUUGUCAACACCGGUUUUUGCUGUACAACAAUGAUGCUGCUCAACAUCUUUUUGAAGUCUCAUCGGGUCUUGAUUCCCUUGUCCUUGGAGAAGGUCAGAUUCUAGCUCAGGUUAAACAAGUCGUGAAAGUUGGACAAGGAGUUGUUGGAUUUGGAAGGAGCAUCAGUGGACUUUUUAAGCAUGCCAUCUCUGUUGGGAAGCGGGUUAGAACCGAAACAAACAUUGCUUCUGGUGCAGUUUCCAUUAGUUCUGCUGCUGUUGAACUUGCAUUGAUGAAGAUUCCUGAAUCAUCGCAUGCUACUGCUAGAAUGUUAGUCAUAGGUGCAGGCAAGAUGGGGAAACUUGUGAUUAAGCACUUGGUGGCAAAAGGGUGCACAAAAAUGGUCGUCGUAAAUAGAAGUGAGGAGAGAGUUGCAGCGAUUGGUGAGGAGCUAAGAGGUGUUGAAAUAACCUACAAACCCCUAACUGAGAUGCUAUCUUGUGCUGCUGAGGCAGAUGUGAUUUUUACAAGCACAGCUUCAGAGGCUCCUUUAUUUUUGAAAGAGCAUGUUCAAAAUCUUCCGCCUGUGGGUCAAGAAGUUGGAGGUUUGAGGCUGUUCAUCGAUAUUUCUGUGCCUAGAAAUGUGAGCCCGUGUGCGGUCGAUGCUAGAGGAGCAAAAGUAUACAAUGUCGAUGAUCUAACAGAAGUUGUUGCUGCCAACAAGGAGGAUCGGCUCCAUAAAGCCAUGGAAGCUCAGACAAUAAUUGCUGAAGAAACGAAGCAAUUUGAAGCUUGGAGGGAUUCGUUAGAGACCGUACCUACCAUCAAGAAAUUGAGAGCUUAUGCCGAGAGAAUCAGAAUCGCGGAGCUCGAGAAGUGCUUGUCUAAGUUGGGCGAUGAUUUACCCAAGAAAACAAAGAGAGCCGUGGAUGACCUUAGCCGUAGUAUAGUUAACAAGCUCCUUCAUGGACCAAUGCAACACUUGAGAUGCGAUGGGGAUGAUGGCCGUACGUUGAGUGAGACCCUCGAGAACAUGCAUGCUCUCAACAGAAUUUUCAGCCUCGACACCGAUGUACAAUUAAUGGAACAGAAGAUCAAAGCCAAAAUCGAACAAAGCCAGAAGUAAGCUCUCAUUCGAAGAUUCUUUCAAAUAUCCUUUUCGCAGCCUUGGGAGUUAAAUUGGAGGAGAUUCUUUAUGCAUCAGCAAUGGAUUUUUUCGCCAUUGUUCGGAUGUCGAUUACGAAUGUACGAAUGUGGGAGUUCUUCUCAAAUCAUUUUUUGAUUGUAUUGGUUCAGAACACACAUGAUGUGCAGACCUCAAUUCUUUCGCAUGAUUAUGGCGCCGGUUUUGGCUUUGUCGGAUGAGCUUAACAAAUUGUAAGCUUAGCUUCA